AUGCGCACGCUCUUUGGCAAGAAGAAGGACAAGGACUUGAAAGACAGCUCUGAGAAUUUCAGCAGCGUGUCGACUCCUUCGUUGCCUCCUGCAGCACCAGCCGAAGAAGGCUCCUCUGACCUCGCCUUUCUGCCGAGUCGCCCAGGCGGUGAUUGGCCGCCCACGCGCACGGCCCCAGCUGCUGGCUGUGUCUGUCUGUCUGUGUGUCUGUGUGUGUCUGUGUCUGUGUGUGUGUGUGACACCCUGAUAACAAAGGGUGCAAGCAGGGGGCCCUGA